AUGUUAUAAGAAUUAUAAUCAUUAAAAGAGAGGAAGGAGAGCUUGAGGAAUCAAAGGAUUGCUUUAGAGGAGGAGUUGAAUUAGUUGUUGAGCUAUAUGGAAUAAGGGUCGAAGAAACAAAGCGAUGCUUAUAAUGUUAAGUGUUUGAGCACUGAAUUUGAGAUUAAGAAGAAGGAAAUAUAGAAACAGAUGGAUAAGGAGAGUUAAGAAAUCACAAAGAAUUAGCAAUAUUGUGCUGAAUAAUAGCGAGUGUAUAAAGAGAGAGCUGAUUGGAUUGAUAAAUUCAAUGAUAAAUUGAAGGAAGAUUUUAAGUCAUGUCAAAAAAAAGAGGAAACGAUAUAGAUUAGAAGCACAGUGGCUAAAGGAAUAAAGCGGUUGUUUCUAUUGUAGUUAUGUACGAUUUUCUUUGACAAGGAAAAUUAGAGACUCUUGUGGGGAUUACACAAGAUCAAGUUUCUGAAUGAUGGUCAAUUGAAUAUGUCGAGUUAAGAUGAGGAUCAACUGGCUACAUCUUUGGGCUAUUUAGGCUUACUGUUGUAGUAGAUAGCAAAGAUUAAGGGCGUGACAUUGAAAUAUGAAUUUAAAUUCAAGGGGAGUAAGAGUUACAUCCAAUAAUAAAAUGACACUUUGUAUUUGUUUAGUUAAAAACCGUCGAGUUUGAAGGUGUUGAAAUAAAGUUUUGGAUUGUUGAUUCAAAAUCUAUACAUAAUAAUGGAGGAGUUGAGUGUAUAGAAAUAGUGGAGAAAUCAAUCAUUGCCAGCCAUAAUAGGUAAGAUAGGAGAGAUGCUAUGGGUGGAUGCUUGA